AUGUCUUUGCUUGGGAAAUUGCUCUCUGGCACAGGUGCCACAACACCAAAAUCCAAGAACCCUCUAGACUCCCAUUUGGAGGACCAAUUCACCCACAAUCUUCUAUUUCCCGACUCAGAGGCACUCUGCCACAAUGACCAAAUCUUUCCACUCUCCACCGAAACUCUUCUCACUCCCGCCUCCAUCACUAAUUUCGACGUCAAUGGCGAGAUCGAUCUGGAGAUGCGUGAUGUGAGAGUCAUAAUCAUGCAGGAGGCCACUCCAAUGACUGGCUUGCCUACUCUCCUUUACGAUACUCAUACCCCCCCUCCUACCUCGCCAACUCCAGAUCGGCAGGCGCCUCGCAAUGGCUCAGUAUUUCCACCUCGCCCUGAAGCGAGACGCUCUAUGAGCUCAGCAAGAAAGCCGAGUGUAGGACAAAAUGCAAGACCAGCGGUGGUACAGCAAGAGCAGACUCCACCAGCCCCUCCACAACGAUUUGGCGCUUUCAAUCGCAAACCCGUCCACACUAUGGAGACUGGUAUCACAGAGACGGAUGGGCAGCGAUCAUUGAGGGAGUACAGAGAAGAGGUCACCACAUUUGGCAAUUGCAUAUUUGGAACUUCUGAAGUACUGGCGUACAAGGGUACGACAUGCAAGAUGCACCUGCUCAAGAGCCCCGACCAUAUUCCACCUUACUCCAGCUCUUAUAUGGGCGAUAUGAGUAGCUCUUUUGGAGGAUCCAGCAUACGUGGAAGCAGCAAGCUGUCACAAUCCUUUACUUCAGACAACUAUGCGCAACCUUCCGCAUCGGCUGGUUACAUGAGCCCAAGCAUGACAAGAGGAGGCGACAGAAAGAAAGUAUUGGUUACACGGAUGUUUCCUGUUCCAUUACUCAACGACGAAGAAACAGACGAAGAUUCUGCAUCACAAACCGUCACACCAACAGCAGGAAAUGUCGAACCAAACGAAUCUUCUGGUUACCCAUUUCCAAAAGUUGGCGUGAGCACUGGAUCGCCAAAGAAGGUUCAGCCCAAGCAGAAGCGAACUCCAAUGUAUGCAGUAGGACUCGUGAUCCAACUACCAUCAGCCUCUCAUGCUCCUCCUUCCAUGCCGACCUCUAGAUCAAGUUUUCGAGGCCCGAGUUCGUACAAUGAGCAAGAGUCUUGUCCCUCAUCAUUCAACUCAACUCGACGUGCAGGUUGGAGCAUCGUCCAUGGCUUUGGAGCAGAUUCCUUGGAGGCAUCCUACUCGACUGAAGUAGAUGAUCGUGUCGAACUUGUCACUAAACAUUGGGAUAUUAUUAUGCGCACCCUCUCUCACAUGCAAGGAGUAGCUACCGCCGCAUUAUUGCCUCUACUCAAGCAAGCCGAUGUCAGCUCACCUAUGUAUCGCAGUCCUCAUGUCCGAACACCAUCUGCCAGCGUCUCUAUCUCUGGAAAACGAGUCACUGAGGAAAUUAAGCCGUUCAAACCACCAAAGACGAAUGCAAAGUUGGUUCAAUUGACGGCAAAUUGUUUGAUGCAUGUUCAAGUAAUCCACAAAGAAGCAGAUCUCACUCGGCAGCGGGUUCUUGGUGGUAUUAAGACAAGUCAGGUCAUCACUUGUCAAGGCCGAUGGGGAAUCUGGCGUGAGGAAGCAAGAUUGGUUGGAAAGUGGGCCGGAUCGAGAGAUGAAGGCUUUUUCUUUUUCAAUUUAUUGACAGGCUUUCUUGGUAAUCAUACAGAAUGGCUUCACUCGCUAGGCCCAAGCUGGUAUCGACAACGACACUAUCAGCGUCAUAAGUCCAACAAGGAUGAUGAGAUAUGUCUUCCAGCUCGUACGAUUAUUGUUUCUGAUAACAAAUUGAUGGCCCGAAGAUUGAUAUUCUUACUAUCAUCUUUCCUGCCCCCAAGCCAGCAGCUCAGUCAUCUGCGUUAUCGGCCCAGCACCUCCGCAUCGUUUGGCGCAUGUUCUCAAUCUCCUCCAAAUUAUGUAGUUCCAAUCCUGAGAGAAGAACCCCUUCGCAGAAGGAUCAAUAAGAAAGCUAGCGAUGGAAGAAUUAUCCAUCCUCGAACCAUGGGUUUUCCUGCCGAAACACCACAAACUCCACCACAUGCCCUUGAAUCACGCCGACCUUCAGAUGCUACCUCCAUCAAGACGGCAAAUCUACCAAUUCCUGGAAGUGACAUUGGGGUUCGAAAGACUAGCGCAGCAACCACGUCCACUGCAACACCCGUUACGACUAUGCCUCAUUUCUCGACACGACGACCAAUUAGAGGAACCGGACCAGAUCCACGUCCAGGCAGUAGCGGAAGUUUGGCGGCAGAGGAUCUGACUCGCGCUUUGAAACGAGGCGACAGCAGCGGCCACUGGAGCACCACUAGUAUGGAUUCUGGAGCUGGUUCGCCAUGGCGCUUUUCUAUUGGCAGCAUUUUCAGUGGCAAGAGACGAAGCUCGACGGCUACAACGGCUGAACUUGAGCCUCCCACGGGAACUGGACCUGACACCCCAGCCUCCAAGGGCGAAAAAUCGCGUAGCAAGCUAGCUGAAAUGGUCCAAGAAGCCCAUCUCAACUCGUAUGCUGGUCGAGCGCAGCGACAGCGGGACUUGAGAAACUCCGAUGGAAGCUCGAGUACUGCCAAGCCAGAUGCGGACGGAACCGAAAACAAACCAGAGGAAAUCGCCGAGCAAACAAUUCGCGUACCGGAACGAAAGCCUAACCCGGAGGGCGCGUACGAAUCACCUUUGAAGACCUCUAUUGAUGAAGAUGGUAUUGUUGAUGUUGAUGUACCUCUUCCGGGUGAUCUAUCCUUCGAUACAGCCAUAAGCUCUCCAUCAAGUACUGGUUAUCUACCACAACUCGGCCUUGGCCACGGCUUGGACGGACUUGAGCAAUAUUCUCGUGAAUUUGAUACAUCUUUGAAUGUAGGUGGUUGGCUCCACCAUUACCACCCCGAUUUCUCUUUGCAGGCUAUCCCUCCCCAGGAUGCUCUUCUUGAGGAAGUGAAAGCUUCGAUGCGAGAUGAACCAACUCCGGUUCUCAGCUCCACUCCUCUGCCUGAUAAUGGCCACCCAGAUCGAUGGGUCGAUAUCUGUAGUGCUAUUAUCGCAGAUACGACCAACUUUAGCAUCAAGAGAAUUCGAUAUCGAAGACUUGUAAAGCCUCGUGAUGUUACUCAAGCUACUAACGCCAAUGGUGCAAAUACCUCGCGCUAUGGAAACGUCUAUUCUGCCGCACAGUUGACUCCUGGUGCAGGAAUAUAUGGUCCUCCUAUUGAAGAAAGAUUCAUUGAAGAGCCCAUUAUUGCUAUGGAUGAAACCCUGAUUCAAGCAGUUGAGAAGAUCAUCGCACAAUCGGGACAAACAUCUACCACAUCCUCCUUGUGUUCGUCAAGAUCCACUUCCCGCAAGGCCAAUUCUCUUAGAACAGGUGGAAAUAGAGACCGGUCAAAUUCCGAUGCCAAGACUGCUACAGUUCCGGAGCAUAAACUUGAGGUCCCGAGGACAGAGUGUAGUAAGCUUCUCCUUAAUGCUUUGGAGACAGUCGCCAAAGAGGUUGAAGAGAGUGUGAAGCGGGGAGAGGAUUCGGUUCUGGAGAGAACUGAGAAUCAUUUGAGAGAAGGUGUUCGGAAUUGGUUGGUGAAUAUCGAGACUAUGGAGUGA